AUCACCAGCUAGCUGGCCCAUGUGGGUCACUCCACAACUUCCCAUGGCUGAGAGCUGCCCCCUCUAAAUAUAGCCCAGUGGGCUGAGCUCAGGCCUAUUUUAGGCCCAGGCUGGGAGGUGGCCUGCCUUCCCCAGGCUCUGAGGAGCCGCUGCUGCUUCCAUCCUGUCCUCAUACUGAGUGCUAUUAUCAGCCCCCCAGCUGCCCACCGCCCACCAUGCCUGAGGACACCCAAGAAGCAGACACCUUGGCACUAACACCGAGCACGAGGAGCAGGGCGCCACUGGCCCCCAACCACAUACAGGAGGUGCGCCUGCACCAGGUGGAGUCCAUCAGCGACCUACACAGUGGAGGUUCGCUGCACCCCUACCUGACUGAGGAGGUGCAGCCAUGGGACGAGCUGCUGGGUAUCUUGCCACCGUCGCUGUGUGCCCAGGCUGGCUGCAGCCCUGUGCACAGCAGGGGAGGCUUCCUGCUGCUCACAUUGCUGGUGUUCACCUGCCUGGCACUUGCCAUCCUGGCUGUCUACCUGAGCGUGCUGCAGAGUGAAUCCCUCCGCAUGCUGGCGCACACACUGCGCACACAGGAGGAGACGCUGCUCAGACUCCGGCUUGCCAGCCUCAGCCAGCUGCGGAGGCUCAACUCCAGUGAGGCCCAAGCACCCAGCUGAGAUACCACUUGGACUUGGGGCUUGGGUGUGUGUGGGGGUGGGGAAUAAAGUCGCCAUUGGCAGGUUUCUCCUGACCCAUUGUCCCACCCUACUUCCCCGGUGAGGUUUUUGUACAAGAGUCUAACCUGACCCCACAGCUACCUGCCUCUCCUGUCUUCAAGCCAGGCCUAGCCAAGUUUUCUGGUGCCAAGGUCCUGCUUUGGGUGGCCCAAGGUCAGAGGAAGGGAUACCAAACUCCUGGCUCCUUCUGUGGCCUGUCAGCAGCCUCUGGCUUCCAGAUAGGUUCAGAGUCUAGAAAUAGCUGCCCCCCACCCCCAGCUGCCCAAACCUUGCCAGGCCUCCCAGCGGGGGUCCAGCCUCAGUGCUCAAGCAGGCAGAGCUGAGUAUGGGGAGGAGGGCCACCUGAGGAGCUGGUCUUGGAGGUCAAAGGUGAGAUGGAGAUGGGGGAGACCCAGUGUGGUGGUGAAUGGCAGGGCAGGCAGAAACACCCAGGAGCUAAGGGCCACAGAUGGUUGAGCAUUCAGUUUAAUUACCUCUAAUAAUCUUUAAAAAUCAGCAUAUAGAUCCAUUCCAGGUAGCCCGGCCUCCCCACCGGUUUUGGUGGCAUUUGUCCAGAUGCCAUUCCCCUCAAGGAAGUAGGUCACCCCAGGGGAGCAGGGCCCGAGAAAGGAGAGAAAGGCACAUCCCUCCUCCUGCCUGCCCCACAGCCCUGGGACAAGCACACAUCUAGCCUGGCCUGAGACAGGGCAGAGAGAAGCACAGGGCUGUGCUGAGGCAAGGGGCCAGGAUACCAAGUGCCCUGGCCUCCAGUCACCACCCCUGUCUGUUUUUGGUUUUGUCAUUAAAAAAAUAAAGCCACAAUUCCUGGUAGGAA